AGGUGAUCCAGCAACUAGCAUGCUGGUCUUGCCGAGCUUUGAGUUCGGCUAUUUGGAAGCGCGUGCCGAUUUUUGGGGAACUUCACGAGGCGCUUACGAGGCUGGCGAAGCUCACUUAAGUGGCUUUGAUUCUGAAGUUACUCACCCCGUCCGAAUCGUCCCAUUGGAGUCCCGGGUUCCUGAAGGCCAUGUUCCGCCACGGAACAAUGGGAUAAUCUAUCCAGGAUCGCAAUCCACUCCCCUCAGUCACUCCAAUCAUGAAGCUGAGUCAAGCUCAGGACCAGGGCAGCCGAAUCCGUCCCGGCCCCCGCCGGAGCCUACUGUCCGGCCUGGACCACCUGUUCAACCUCAGCCGCCAGCAGAGAAGUUCACCCGACAGGCAGAAGGGGACCAGGCAGCUCCGCAUCCUGUGAAUCAAGGGAUCCAAGAGCCAAAGAUGGGAGCUGCGCGCGGCUUGCCCAGUGGCGCCCCUGCUAGUGCCAGUUGGGACAUGCCUGCACUUUGGAGUCAAGCUGCUUCACGGACACAUACUAUUUGUUUGGAAGAAGCUACCUGGAAUCAGAAUCAAGGUACAUUGCCGAUCCAAGAAAUGGGCUUCACUCCAACCUUGAACGGCGUCGGCAAUUCCUUGGGUGAGGGUGAGCUCUCCGCUGCAAGCGCUAAACCGCGAGCUUUAGGCUCCUCGACUACGACUAGUGCAUCUCAAGGCAUCCCCACUGCCAUGCCGGUGCCAUCGAUGCCGUCGAUGCCGAAAACAGGUGUCGAAGCGAUGCGGGCAGAGAGGCCUCCAGUGAAGUCCAGGCGCAAGAUCAUCACCGAUUUUUGUUGCAUUUUCGAUGGCUCCUUACCUGAGAUUGAUACAGACCAGGUAGAGGUGCUUCAGCAGGUGCUCAAUCAAUUGGAUCACAGGAACGUCCUGGUUGCCUGGACCAGGAUAAGGCCUACGAUGACGGAUUACUAUCCCUACGGCAAGUCAUUGGCGAACGCCUUGACUGCUGAAAAUGCCACGGUGCGCGGCAUGUACUUCUCGCCACAGUUAUUCCCGGAAGGUGGCCUCCGGACCUUUGUGAUCCUGGAGGAUGCUCAGGUGAUGGCAAACAAGUUGCCCCUCCACUUCACUGUCCAAGCAGAUGGUGAAACGUUAGAGGUUGAUCUGAGCAUCUACCAGGCAGGAAGAUGAACUGUGGAGCCAAGGCCACUGAGACGAGGUGCUGGUAAGGUGCCGGCGUCGCGACUACGAAAACCUUGCGGUUGCGGCGAUGCCAACAGCAAUCUCUGUUUCUGAGGGGUUGGCCAUUGAGAGGU